AUGGACAAGCUGAAGAAGGUGCUGAGCGGGCAGGACGCCGAGGACCGGGGCGGCCUGGCCGAGGUGGCUGACACAUCCUCAUUGAGCUGGAAUACCAGAAUCAAAGGCUUCAUUGCGUGUUUUGUUGCAGGAAUUCUCUGCUCUCUGCUGGGCACGUUUCUGCUCUGGGUGCCGAGGAAGGGGCUGUACCUCUUCGCCGUGUUUUAUACCUUUGGUAACAUCGCUUCGAUCGGGAGCACUGUCUUCCUCAUGGGGCCCAUGAAACAGCUGAAGAGAAUGGUGGAGCCGACGCGUUUGAUCGCCACCAUCAUGGUGCUGUUGUGUUUCACGCUCACCCUGUGUUCUGCCUUUUGGUGGCACAACAAGGGGCUCGCCCUCAUCUUCUGCAUCUUGCAGUCUUUGGCCCUGACGUGGUAUAGCCUUUCCUACAUACCAUUCGCAAGGGACGCUGUGAAGAAGUGCUUUUCUGCGUGUCUGGAGUAACGGGCGGCCGGUUUCGCCAAGCUUUGGGCGGCGCUGCGGAAGGAAGCUGGCGGACGCUUUGUAAAUACCUUCGAACCUCUCGCUCACGGAACCUGCCUUUGCUCCUGCGGCAGCGGGUUCCCGCGACCUGAACGUGUACGGACGCUCUGGGAGCAGCGCUGUGUCCCCAGCCCCAGUGUCCAUAGCACCGCAGGAGGGGUGGGCAUGUGCCUUCCGGAGAGGACGCUUCCUCACACCCCCCUGAACUCUGAAUUCUCAUAAACGAACACCGAGAGCAGCCGCGGGAGCCAGGAUUGCCGGCUGGCGAGCAGCCCCCCCCACACCCCGCCACCCCGGGACACGGUGCGGCGGCCAGGGACAGCGUUGGGCCCACAGGGACUUUAUAGAUUUGUCCCUCAGCUCGGGGACCACACCCAGGCCCCACGCAGUGUGUGCAUGCGUGUUCUCCGGGUCUGGGACCCCGUGACUGCCAGCCGCCGCCCUGGCCGCUGCGCCCGUGCAGAGCCUGCGUGGGAGGCGGGCGGAGGGGGGAGGGGGGAGGCUUGGGAGGAGCCCUCUGGUGACAGUGGUCUUUGUGAAUCUGAGCGUCGGCCCUUGCACAUUCCGCCGGCUGGGAUGGGUCUGUAACAUCAGCGCACACCCUUUCCUCUUGGGUUUUCCAGCUUAUUUUCCUCAUGACCUCCUGGGACUGGAUUGAGAACAAAGUCCCCGAGAAAACACUGCUUUUCCUUUGGGACGAGAGCCGACAGGAGGGGAACGUGUUUGCUGUUCUCUGUAUUUUUUCUUCAUUCAUUUCGGUUCUGGAGUGCAGCCAGGGGGGAGAGGGUGGGAAGACAGCCCCAGGGCCCCUGACCUCCAGGCAUUCCCAGCGUUGGAGACGCUGGAGAGGGCGACCCGUGGGCUGCAGGCAGGCCCAGCUCAGCCGGAUGUCCAUCCUCAUGUGCUCGCGUGUCCCUGGUCUUACCUGGUCCUCACAAGCCUCGUCGCUGAGCAGUUGAGGAAACCGAGGGUCAGAGAGGUUGCCAGUUCUCCCCAAAGCUCCGGCUGGUGGCAGAGCUGAGCCCGAGCGGGCGCCCAGCCUCAGCCCUUCUCUGGACCCUGUGUUUCCCCGGGUGGCCCUGGGGUUCCCCAGGGCCUGGGUCCCUGCUUCCCUCCACGCCUGUGACCUCUCGGUCCCGAUCUCCGUCACUGCGGUGUCUCCGGCCCUGUCCCCUUUGGGAGGCGCCCUGACCAGUGGCCUCUCUGUUCUCUGUGUGUCCUUGAGCCCGUUGCUGCCUGACCAUCCGAAUGUCCUGUCGGGGCCGCCGGAAUUCUUGCAUUGAAGGACCUCCACUGGGCCUUUCUGUCCUUGCCCAGCUCCGGCCGCCCACUCGGGCUCGUGCUCGCACCUCCACACCGAGGUGGUCCCCUGGCUGUGGCUGUUGCUGGACCCUCUGCCGCUGCGACCCAGACCGGCCAGCCUUUCCUUUUGCGCUGGGAGGUCUGAGCGGGCCUGAGCGAGGCUGCGGUCCCUCACCCGCUUGCAGCCGGGAAGGGAGGUUGAACGUACCCUCUGGCUUUUAUGUGUCCCGGGUGCCUCUUGGAGAGUCCAGGUCUUGACGGGCACAGCACUGCCUUUAAGAUGCACCAGGGUGUGUUGAUGGUGGUGAACUGGGCUUUGAGGUCAGACCCGUCUGGGUGUGAGUGCGGCUCUGCCCCAUCCACACUGAACAAGUCACCUGACCCCUGGCCCUCAGAUUGCUCGUGUUUAACCAACGGGAGUAAAUAAUCCGCACCGGUAGCGGCAGGAGAGGGCCCAGCAUGGUGGAGGGGUCGCAGUAAACGAGGUAACGUUAUUUAACCCCAGAAAUCACCGAUGGCCACGGACGGUGACAGGGUGCAUGUCUCUGGCCAUUAACUUUUCUAAAAGCAGUGCCCUGGGACAACAUGUCUGCACGGUGGGUGUUGCCAGGCGUGAUGUCAUUUAAUAUCCACAGCAACUCGCCCCGUGGUGGUCUUGUCUCCAUUGUUCAAGGGGAGCGGCCUCAGGGGUCUGUGCGGGUCCCACCAGGAGGGGGCGGCGGCUCUGUGGCCUGUGGCCAGUUUGCUCCGACUUCUCCAGUCAGGACACGUGGGCAGCGCGGGCGUGAGCCUGCCUUCCAGACCUUCCAGAACCUUUCAGAAGCCUAAGUUUCUCCUGCUGCUGCCUGUGCUUUGUUUGCUUCAGACUUGUUUUUGUGGGAGGAAGACAUCCAUUUCAAAUCUGCUGAACACCGUUACCAAGCAGCUGCUGGUUUACAGCAGCCUAGUGGGUGGCAGAAGACGGGGAGUGGAGAAUUGGGGUUUCAGACCCGGGGCUGUCGGGGUCGUCUUGCUCCCCUGCCUUGCAUGCUCACCGCUGGGGGGAGAGACCAUUGCAUUUUGGGAGUGGAGGGAACCACUGAGGUGACACCUGCAGACGGGAUGUGCUCACCUGAGGUCACAGGUCGGCUGUGGGCAGCAGGACCCCCCGCCCCUUCUUCCAUGGCCCUGCUCCCUGCGGCUGCUGUGCUUGGAGGUUGAGAGCAGCUGGCCAGCAAGUUCCUGGCCUCUCCACGCCCCUCAGAGCCUGCCUCUCACCUCCUGUCUCCCUCUCAAAGACGGUUCCCUCUGCCUCUAGGCUCGGCUCCUCGGCGUGGCUGUGCGCCGGCCACGGCUGCCCAGGCCCGCUGGCUCCUCGGCCCCCUCUCCUGGGCAGGCCACCUCGUCUCUGGGAAGAGCAAACUGCCCCCAGCUGAGCAUUGUCACGGUGCUUACCAGUGCGAGGAGCUUCUGUCACUGGUGGGGCGACUGUGGGCUCUUUACCCACCGACCCUCCCACCCCAGGCUGUGUGUGCUCUAAAUACAAUGGAGAAGUGGGGCGUACCUUAAAAAGGGGUGUGAGGGUGUGGGCAUGCUGCUCUGGCUGCGUCUGGCUUGGGGAGCGCCACAGGUGACAGCUGUUGAGUGAUGAGACCACGUGGAAUGAGUUAGGAACGGCUGCAGUGCUGUGGCCGGGGACCCCUCAGUGGGGCAGCCUGGCCAGCCCUGUCCCCUCAGAUCACUGCUGCACAGCGAGUCAGUGUGCAGGCUCAUGGAGCCACGUGGCUAGAUUGCUGAUACAGUUUUGACUUUAAAACACAAGUAUUUUUUGAUGUACGAUGUGCAGUAGUUUCUUCACAGAUAUUAUUUUUUAAAAAGCUAACAGACCUUCCACUGAAGUUAAAUGCAGAUUUAUAUCCGUGUGUCUCUUGAUAAGAGGUUAACAGAAGAAUUUAGAUUUAGAAGUCCAGAUCUUUUUGGAAGUCCUUACGUAAAACAUUGGGGGGCUAAAUUAUGUGUUUAAAGUACCUUCUAACACAAAGCUUGAUGAAACUCUGAGAUCUUGAGGGUUUUAUUUGAGUAAAGAGGGAAGGUGCUGUGCAAGGUAUUUAAUCCUAGUUCACUCAAGAUACAGGGUGUCUAGUUCCCCUUUCGGCAGCUUUCCAGUUCUACCCUGAUGCACGGGUGACCUCCAGCGUGCACCGGCACCGCUCCCGGAGGGCCCGCAGGCUCCUCGCUCCAGGGCCGGAGAGGCCCGGGAGGCCAGUGGGGGUAGCAGAGCCUGAGUACAUGGACAGAACAAGAUUACCUGCCCCCUAGCAGGAGCUGGCCAGCUGAUCAUGGCUCAGAAACGCACGAAACAUCCUGUAGCUCCGACGAGCUACGGGCAGGGAAGAGUGAGUCCACGGGACAGGAGGGAUCGGCUCUUUGAAGCCAAAGGUCGGUCCAUAGCAUUGUGAUCAGCGAUUUCAGCCUUUUCAUCGCGUGGCACAAACUAACUGCUAAAAUUCUGCGGCACGCCAAAAAACAUGUUUUUUGACAAUUUGACAAGAAAAAGAAUAGGUGUAAUUUUGGUUCGUUCCCACUAGAUGACUGUUGUUUUGGCUGUUGUCAUUUUUAUUUGGCGAUCUAAGGGAGAAGAGGUCAGUGCCUGGACUAAACAGUCAGGUAUUGCACGUUUUAAAGUUCUUUUGGCUCACUAGUUGAAAAUCGGUGUAAUAAACAAUACUAGUGUGUGCAUUCAUAGCAAAGUAGUGUCACUACAUCUAAUAAACAAAACCAAGAAAAUGUCACAGAUAAAAGCUCCCUGAUGUGAACGGGCUGCCACACUGAGCGUCUUGCCUGGCGUCCUGGGACCAUGCGGACGAGCCUGGCAGGUGCGGCCGCGGCCGGACAUCCGUGCUGGCAGGAGGCAGUGAGGCUUACCGACCGAAAGUCUGGACGAACUUUGCAUUUGUGAAAUGUCCUACAGGAGAAUCAGCUUACAGUUCAUCUUGCCUUUCUGCUAUGACACAUGUUUACUUUGCCUUCCGUAUAUUUGCUUGGCUUAGCCACUUUGAACAAGGAAAGGAAACACAAAAAAACCCCCUCUGAACUCAUAUUUUUGGCUGCGUUUGUAAAUUGUGAAGGUGGGGGUGAGGAUGUUCAGAAACCCAUGGAAAUUUCUGUGCCUUCAGAACAUUGUGCCUGUUCAACAUGAUGAGCUUUUAAAACACUUUGUUAAAACGUGGUUCCGUUUUUGUAAUUGUAUAGUCAGCAGUUUUGAAUGUUGCUGAUGGCAUCACUGAACUUUUUAAUAUCCAGAAAUGUUGUGUGCUCCUUUUCCUACCUCGAGCUGUUUCAUACAAUAAAGACUCUGCUCUUUUACUCGCUCAUUUCAGAGAGGAAGGAUUUUGCUGGUAUAAGCUAUUUCACCCCCACCCCCAAAAAGAAUCACAAAACAAUUCUUUUUUUGUUGUGCUUUUCCCCCUUUAAUAAAUGAUAACGUUAUGAUCUUUAAUAAA